GAUUUUCAAUUUUGUGACAGAGUAAACAUUAAUCAAAAAAUGGCAGGCGUUGUUGAGUUUUGAAAUGUAAUUUUUCUAUAAUUUGAAUAUUUUAAACGUACAUAUAUAUAAAUAUGCUGAACCAAGUCUCAGUAGAGGCUGUAUAUUCAGCUACGUACGUAGAAAAUUAUUUGGACUGUGUAGAAAAUCUUCCAGACGAAUUACAACGGCUCAUUUCAAGAAUGAGGGAGUUGGAUGUAUAUUAUUUAGCUCGUGUCAGAGAAGUAGCUAUCCAAACAGAAAAUUUUAAAAGUAUUGGAAAUGAAAAUCCUGCUAAGAAGGCAAAAAGCUUUACUAGAAUGCAACAAGCUCUGAUAGCAGCACAAGAAUUAGGUGAUGAGAAAAUGAGUCUGCUACAGACAAUCUUGGACAAAAUAGAAAUCAAAACUAGGUUAUUGGACCAGGAUUUCAAAAAUUUAGAUUUUGGUAAAGAAGAACAAGCCCAAAUCGAAGUUAAAGAGCAACAAACUCCAAUUACUAGCACUCCUACAAAUAACAAUAAUGGCAAUAACACAGGCAGUAAUAAUAAUAAUAAUUCAGCUGGUAAUGAGAGACCCACUAAGCGUGCUAGAAGAACAAGGCAUGAUACUUAUACAGGUGCAGAAAAUAAUGAUGCUUUACCAAUUGAACAUGUUCUCAGGAGUCAAGUACCAGCAGCUACUCCUACUAGUACUGUUCAACAAAAGAAAACAACAACAAGCAAAAAGAAAAAACGAAAGUCUCGUCAAAACACUCAAGUGCAAAAAGAAGAAUCACCUCCAAGAGAUGAAGAGCCUGCUAUCGAUCCAGACGAACCUACUUAUUGUCUUUGUGACCAAAUAUCUUAUGGAGAAAUGAUAAUGUGUGAUAAUGAUUUGUGUCCUAUAGAAUGGUUUCACUUUUCAUGUGUAACAUUGACUACAAAACCAAAAGGCAAAUGGUAUUGUCCAAAAUGUCGGGGUGAUCGACCAAAUGUUAUGAAACCAAAAGCUCAAUUUUUGAGAGAGCUGGAAAAAUAUAAUAAAGAAAAAGAGGAGAAAACGUAAUAGCAAUUCAAUAUUGAAGGAGAAGCAGGUAAAGUCAGGAUCUUGUGAUAAUUUUUCAUUUAGAGAAUAUAUACAAAAAUUUAUGUCAAACAAAAUGUGUGUCACCUUUUAUGUUUUUCACUAGUAUUAAGAUGUUUUUUGCAAUACAGUUAAAAUUUGUUAUAAUGACAUCCAAGGGAGUACUUAUUAUUGGUUGUACAGAAUUUUCUCGUGCUAACACAUCUGUUGUGCUCAUGUUUGUUUUUCACCGCAUAUUAUCACAAUUUCCCUACAUGUGAAGCAUUCAUUGAAAAUAAGUUUUUCAUAAUACGUGUAUUUUUUCUACAAAUAAGUAACAAACUCACUUAAGAGAAAUGGAGAAGGAAGCUUUGAUUCACUACAUACAACUGUAUUUUAUUUAUAAAAAUCACAAAAAACCUGAAACCACUUUAAUGUGAUUAACUAUUAUACUGAAUCAAAGUAAUUACUCUAACUCAAAUUAUUUAAAAUACUGCUGAGCUGGUCCUUGAAAGUUAUGUAGUGAACCUUUGCUUCCGAUCAAUAUGGUUUAAUAAAUGAUGUCCUCAUAAACGGUUUUAACUGUAAUUCUUAUUUUUAGUGUUAAUAAGAUAUAACCGAAUGUUAUUUGCGACAAUCCUAGUUUUAUAAAAAAUGUAAAAGUUGGAAUUAGUUGUAAAACAAUGUAUUUUUUGUGUUUGUUAUUGAAAAAUAUAGAAUAGUAUCCAUAUUAUGCAGACUUUCUGGCUGACACCUGUUGUUGAGUAAAUAUAUUUUAAUUGUUAACACCAGAGGCUAAUUUGUAGUUAGUAUUUGUUUCUAUUCACAGAUAUUUAUAAUUUUAUUAUAUUUCCAUAACAUUCAUUAACCAAAAUUUCAUCAAUUUUACAUAGAUAUUAAAAUUUAAAAUAAAACUUA